AUGAACGUUGGUGGUCUCUUGGCUUCUGUGGGUGUGAAUAGUGUUGUGUGUUUGGGCGUUUUCUCUUUGUAUUCCGUGCUAAGAAAGCAGCCACACUUUGUGACUGUCUACUUUGGCCACAAGCUUGCUCGAGCCAGAUCCAAGCGCCAUGACCCCUUUUGGCUGGCGCGCCUCGUCCCCUCCGCCAGCUGGGUCGUCAAGGCGUAUGGCGCCACCGAGGACGAGCUCUACGUUGCCGGGGGCGUCGACGCCGUCGUCUUUCUGCGAGCCGUCGUCUUCAGUAUCAAAUUGUUUACUGUUGCUUCAGUCAUAUGCUUGGUAUUUGUUCUCCCUCUUAAUUAUUUUGGAAAAGAAAUGGAGCACAAGGAAAUCAGAGAAGAGCUUUUGACUGUCUUCACCAUUGGGAAUGUCCAAAGAGGAUCAGAAUGGUUAGGGUUCCAUUGUUUUGUAUUACAUAUCAUAACUAUAUGUGCAUGUUUCUUCCUUUACUCUGAAUUCAAGCACAUCAUGAAGAUGAGAUUGAACCACAUCAAUUCACCCCUUCACUGUGCUAGUCAGUUUACCGUAGUUGUCCGAGCAAUCCCAUGGAUAGACCAAGAAUCUUACAGUGAUACUCUAACCAGAUUCUUCACAGAUUUAUAUUCAACAAGCUAUCUAUCUCAUCAAAUGGUUUAUGAGAAGAGUGCAAUCCAAAAAUUGAUGAGUGACGCUGAGAGGAUGUACAAGAUACUGAAAAGCGUACACAUGGAGAGACGAUAUGUGAAACGAUUACUAAGAUGUGGGUUUUGUGGAGGCAAUAAUAAUGCUUCACAAGAAAUGAAGGAACUUUCUGAUGAGUCUAAAAGUAUUACCAAAGAUGAAACCUUCCUUGAUGAUUCAGAUGAGUGUGGAGCUGCGCUUGUUUUCUUCAGGACUCGAUAUGCUGCAUUGGUUGCUUCGGAGGCUCUUCAAACGCAGAAUCCAAUGGCAUGGGUAACUAAUGCAGCUCCUGAACCACGCGACAUGUUUUGGGCUAAUCUUUGUGUCUCCUACCAAAGCCUUUGGAUCCGAAAGAUCAUAGUUGUUUUCGCCUCCUUUUUCUUCGUCACUUUCUUCCUCGUUCCCGUCGUCUUUACACAAUCUCUAGUCCAUCUUGAUAAACUAACCAGGUUUCUACCAUUCUUGGAGAAAGCUGUAGGGAGGGUGGUAUUGGAACAACUGGUGACUGGAUAUCUACCUAGUGUUAUACUAACUCUCUUUCUAUACAUGGUUCCGCCGGUUAUGUACGUGUUCUCGACGUUGGAGGGAGUUAUAUCGCGCAGCGAGAGGAAGAGAAGUGCAUGCAUCAAGGUUGUAUACUUCGUCAUAUGGAAUGUCUUCUUCGCCAAUAUCUUGACCGAGGCUGCCAUCGUCCAUUAUCAAAUCUCCAUUCUCAAGCUGGGAGACUACAAAAACAUACCCGCUUUGCUCGCCAAAGCCGUCCCCUCAACGGCGACCUUCUUCAUGACCUACUGUCUAACGUCGGGGUGGGCGAGCUUAGCAUGCGAGCUGAUUCAGGUCGUCCCUCUUCUCACCAACGUGAUCAGUCGAUACAUUCUCAAAACCAACGGCGACACCUCCACCCCGACCCCCUUUUCGUUCCCUUACCACACAGAAGUUCCUCGAGUUCUCCUGUUUGGUCUGCUUGGCAUCACAUGCUGCACCUUGGCCCCGCUCAUCCUGCCAUUCGUGCUUGUCUACUUCGUUCUCGCCUUCCUCGUCUACCGCAACCAGAUACUGAACGUGUACGUUAUGAAGUACGACAGUGGCGGCCAGUACUGGCCGAUUGUUCACAACACAGCUAUAUUCUCCCUCGUGCUGAUGCAGGUCAUAGCUCUUGGUGUGUUUGGGAUUAAAGACGCACCGGGGCCUUCCACUUUCACUUUCCCUCUCAUCGUUCUCACUCUCCUCUUUAACCAGUUCUGCAGGCAGAGGUUUCUUCCCGUCUUCUUUCGAACUCCGGCUAAGAGUGUUAUUGAAAUGGACCGUGUAGAUGAGCAAAGUGGGCAAAUGGAAGAUAUCCACCAAAGUUUGCUAACUGCUUAUUCUCAAUACAAAUCCAAGAGUGGGAGAUGGGGAAGUAGAAAGUUAGGGAUGAUGAGUAGGUCUAAUUCUGCACAUGAUACAGCUGAGAUGGGAGGUAUUUCUCAUGCUUGAUCAUCCACAAUUUUCCUCUCUCGGUGGAAAAUUUUCUGUCGGUAAACUCAUUGGUAAAUCGCGUGUUUUUUUUUUGUAGUGCUUGUUUCCAUUUGAAAGGA